AUGCCGUCGGGUCAAUCACUGCUAUGGGUCAACCAUGAUGCAGAUAACAUGAAAGCGCUGCCUCACAGACAUCGGGUCUUCACACAUGUCCAGAAGAACUAUCGACCGUGGAAGCGACGCCAAGAGACCAAGUCGCUUCGUGCCUCGGCCAAUGUCCCAGGUCAAGCCAGAAGCUACAACAGCGAUGGGCACCGUGGUCGUUACGAUGCCUCACCUCCGGAGGCUGAUUCAUCAAGCUCUGAUCAGAGUAGUCGAUCUUUAGAUUUUCCCCCGAACCGCAAUUCGUCCGACGACAGCGACUCGUCCGUGUCUAGCAAUGGCAGUCCCAAGACGUGGGCAACUUCGCCUUCAACGUCGAUCGGGAAAGGCAAUUCGGAUCCGUUUGGAGCAUUUCCGAUACCGAUAACCGCCGACGUCAAUAAUCUCAUGACAUUCUAUCGAGACUAUAUAAUCCCCAGCAUAUGGUUCAAAAACUUCAAAAACAAGAAUACUGUUGUCCUCGCUGCACGGGAAUGGCAGUACAAUGCCGCCCACCUUGAAGACGAAGGGACUGCCUACGGCAUCAUCGCUCGUCACGGUAUGGUGGCGGCAAGUUGCAGUCCAGCAUUGCGAGAACAAGCUGAGUAUUAUGUGGGUCAAAGCACGGAGGUGUUGAGGAAGAAGAUCGCCCAAGGCCGGGCUCUGCAAGCACAAUCCUCGACCUCUGUCAUUGACAAUGCGGCAAUGCUUUUCAAUGCACAAACCCUGGCGCGAAACCUAGCUGCCGCAACCGCCCACGGCACAUUCCUGGCGUCCCUUUUCAAGCAGCAGUGGGCGCAAGGGACGCUCGAUUAUCGAUUGUUAAUGUUUGAAGUCUACAACGACUGCCAGCUUACCUCCAUCUUUCUCUGCCCUCCUGUAUUUGACGUCGACCAUUGGCUGCCUAUGGUGUUUGAUCCCAUCUGGAAAACGGCUGUUCAACGACUUCCGCACCUUGCACGCGCCCCGCUGGACCCUUCAGUGGACAGCCAAGAACUUCAAACCUGGUUCCGGAGCCGGCAAGAGCAGCUGCAGAUCAACGGCGUCAAAGAUGGUGAAGGAAAGCUGUUUCUCGACGUACCCGUCAUCAUGACCUGGUUUCUUUCCAAGGCGUACCUCUUCCACGGGCAUAUGAUCAACCACUAUCUGAGAAAUAAAGCCCAACUCCGGCGUGAGGGUUUGAAACCGGAAGUGAAAGAUUAUCUAUAUGCACAACAAUACAUGGCGCUAGCGGCAAUCUAUCUGACACGGGGGCCAAACUUCAAUUUCAACCCCACCGUCCUUAAUGUCCCUAUGUUCGAUGCGUCGAUCAUACCUCGUACCCUCCAGACUCUGCUUGAAGAAAGCGAGAUGUCUUCGAAGCGGGAUUCCUGGAGGAGAUAUGCCAACGCUCGGCUAUGGGCGUUUUACGUGGGCGCUCUCGUCGAGCAAGCUGAUGGAUCAACGCGACUCGACUCACGCCAGCAAUGGUUCACCACCCACCUGGUUGAGCUUGCUGCAAGAUUGGGGGUCAUGUCUUGGCACAUGCUGGAAAGCGUACUACGCGGGUUCCUCUACUCGGACAUCCUGACAGCACAGGGUUCGCAGUGGUUCGAGAAGUUGAUGGCUGCAUUCUGCAACGUCGAGUCUUGA